AUGCAUCUCCCGAGCCUAAGCCUCCUCGCGAUCCUCAGUGCGUCGGCGCUCGCAGCACUGAACAAAACGGGCUCAACCUGCACUAUAACGCCGCUGACGACGGGCGCCGAUGACACGCCCCAAAUCCUGGACGCGUUCAAGCAAUGCGGCCGCGACGGCACGGUCGUGCUGACCGAGGGCCUCUUCAAUAUCGGCCAGGUGAUGCGGACGACGGACCUGAACAACUGCGACAUCGAGAUCCAUGGAACACUGAAGUGGAGCUCCGAUAUCCAAUACUGGUUGCGCAACAGCAUCAGCGUGACCUAUGCGGGAAGGUCGACUGCGUGGCAGCUAGGCGGCACCAACAUCAGCUUGCGCGGCUUUGGCAAGGCGUUGUUCGAUGGAAAUGGUCAACUAUGGUAUGACCAAAAUAGGAACCAGGGGAAUCAGAACGGCAGACCGAUCAGCUUGACGCUUUGGCACGCCAAAAAUGUGCUGGUGGAUGGAAUCACCUGGCGGCAGAGCCAGUUCUGGCAUACUUUUGUCGCUUAUUCGGAGAAUAUUACCAUGACCAAUCUUGACAUGAACUCGACUUCGAACUCUCAGUGGUCGACUGUCAAUACGGACGGGGUGGAUACCUGGAACUCAAAAGAUAUUGUCAUCUCGAAUUGGACAGUUACUUGCGGCGAUGACUGCAUCAGCAUGAAAGGCAACUCAACCAACGUCCACGUGAGCAAUGUAGUUUGCCACGAAAGCGGUGCCAUGUGUAUAGGUUCCAUAGGCUCGAACCCAUCCCAACCAGACUUCGUCGAGAACGUGUAUUACGACAACGUCACAGCCUACCACAGCAGCAACGCAGCGUGGAUCAAGACGUACUCGGGCCAGGGCAGGGUACGCAACGUGACGUUCGCCAACAUGCACUUUGACAACGUCAACCAACCCAUCUACAUAACACCGUGCAUCUACGGUAGCUCCGGAUGCGACACCUCGCGGCUGAGCAUCGAGGACAUCCGCUGGGUCAACAUCACGGGCACCAGCCGCUACAAUGUGGCUGCUGGGAUACACUGCAGUGCUGCGACGCCGUGCAAGAAUCUCCAGAUGGAAAAUGUGAAAAUUACCCCAAUGAAUGGUGGCACGGCCAAAUGGCUCUACGGGAAGCACCUCGAGAAACUCAACAACAACUUGCCGGAGGAACAGAAAUGUCAAUCAUCAUGGAAAGCCCUGGAAUCGGAUAUUCAGCUCGCCGUAGAGGCUCUUUGCAUGCUAUCAGAGCAUAAGCCUGUCAACAAUGUAGUGGAUACACAUCCCCCAGACAGAAGUGAUUUCUGGGCAAUCGUUAUGGGUCCGCAAGCGUCUCGACCCAAGCGUCCACUUACCGUAGACGAUGAAGUCCAGGAUGAACGUGCGCCAAAGCGGACGCGCAAACUAGCCCCACGUAGAUAUCCAAGGGACGGGGUAUCUCCCCACGAGAGACCUCCAUACGCCAUGUUCAACAAGAUUGCACAGGCUAUCUUGAGCACACCGCGGGAGCAAAUGACCGGAGAGGAAAUAGUUGACUACAUCUGGGAGACAUACCCUUGGUAUCAAUAUCGGCCACAAAACAACAAUCUGAGGAAGCAUAUUCAAUACGCCCUUGCUCCCAAGAAGAGACGUGCUAACUACUUCGAAAUAUCAGCGAAUGGCCCGGACAGCGAGGGGCAAUUAACGACCUGGCGAGUGAAGACCUGGCGAAUCAAGGCUGAGUAUCGAGACUAUAUGGCCACUAAUAUGUACACGUUCGGCUCGGUCAUGCCCAACCGCCUCCACGACCUCACGCCGGUCCUCGUUGCCGUCUACCGUGCGUGGCCAGUGAUCUCGACAAGCCCAGGUGACUUAGCUCGACGAGUCGCCGCGCCGGAAGAUGAGUGCAUUCCCACCCGCGGCCCAUCGCGAAACAAGCAGACGCCGUCUCCGACCAUGAACGACGGCCUCGCCAACGGGGAGGCCUCGUCAUCCUCGUCCCAAUCGCCGCAGCACGGCUCACACUCGCUACCACACGUCGACAGCGACGCCCUCCGCCCAGGCACCGCCGACAGCGACCUCCUUGGCGAAGACCCCCUCAGCCAGAACCUCGCCGAGCCAAUAUCCUUCAAGCGCAAGCAGAAGCGCCCAGGCAUUGGCCUGGGAUUGAUCACGAGCUUGACGGGGUCUCUGUUGGACCAGAGAGGAGGCAAUGGGACAAAUGCUGCCGUGAGCAGAUUACAGGAAGAAGAGACGGAGGUGCCCUACCCGGAGACCUUUCAGUCCUCGCCUAGGAGGAGGGGCACAGGCAACACCACGCAAACCGGUUCGACCCCCAAGGACGGGGCACCUUUGGACUGGCACGUCGAGGGCCCAGGCCAGCGAGUAGGCUACGAGAACCUGACGGCCAUAGACUGGAUUUUUGAAUACACCAAGGAGAGGGCCCGACUGAGGGUGCUGAACUCCAGCGCGGCGGGGCUCGUGGGCUACGCCCAGAGGCUACUCGAUGCGAGCCAGGAAUGGAUCAUACUCGUCCUGACUGGGCUCCUCGUCGGCACUCUCGCCGCAGCCAUUGACAUCGUCACGGAUUGGCUGGGCGACCUGAAGGCCGGGUACUGUUCCACGUCAGAUGGCGGUGCUUUCUAUUUAAACAAAAACUUCUGCUGUCUGGGUUAUGAUGAAGGGGCUCAGUGUAUGGGCUGGCGCCCAUGGGCUGCAGCGUUGCACAUAUCAUCGGCUGGGGGAAAGUGGAUCAUAGAAUAUUUCUUUUUCAUCUCUUUUUCGGUUCUCUUUGCUCUAUGCGCCAGCAUUUUGGUAAAGGAGUACUCGGUUUAUGCUAGGCACAGUGCUCGAAAGAGAGAAGUGCUUUCUGCCGCAGCGGCGUCGGGCAUAUCUGUGGCCUUCGGUGCGCCUAUAGGUGGAGUGCUGUUCAGUCUCGAGCAAAUCUCGUACUACUUUCCCGACAAGACGAUGUGGAAAAGCUUCGUCUGUGCUAUGACUGCUGCUGUCGUCUUGAAAGCUCUGGACCCUUUCCGUACUGGGGAAACCGCCCUGUAUCAUGUCAAGUACAGCACCGAAUGGCACAACUUUGAAGCUUUAGGCCCUUUUCUUAUCCUCGGCAUCAUGGGGGGAAUCUACGGGGGCCUGUUCAUCAAAUUGAACAUGAAGGUUGCCUCAUUGAAAAAGGCCCGAACGAUCUCGAACGAAUGGCUGCCGGGGCCGGUCACGCAGGUGGCAAUUGUUGCCCUCCUCACGGCCGUGAUCAACUAUCCCAACCUUUACAUGCGAGCGCAAUCAUCAGAGCUCGUCGCAAAUCUCUUCUCCGAAUGUUCUAAGCUGCUGGAUGACCAGUUCGGCCUGUGCAAGACAGGAGCAGCCACGGCAGGGACCAUCGUUCUGCUCCUCUUUGCCGCCAUCCUUGGCUUCUUCCUCGCAGCAAUCACCUUCGGCCUGCAGAUACCCGCAGGUAUCAUUCUCCCGUCCAUGGCCAUCGGUGCGCUGUCGGGCCGCGCUGUCGGCAUCAUCAUGGAGAUCUGGGUGCACAACCACCCUGGCUUUAUCGCCUUCCAGCAGUGUGAGCCCGACAUUCCCUGCAUCAACCCCGGCACCUACGCCAUCAUCGGAGCAGCGGCGACGCUCGCCGGCGUCACGCGCAUGACCGUCUCCAUCGUAGUAAUCAUGUUCGAGCUCACCGGCGCCCUGACGUACGUGCUUCCGAUCAUGAUCGCGGUGAUGAUAUCCAAAUGGGUCGGCGACGCAUUCAGCCGCAGAGGCAUCUACGAGUCGUGGAUCCACUUUAACGAGUACCCAUUCCUGGACAACAGCGACGAGAACGUCGCGUCCAUCCCGGACAUCCCCGCGGGGCAGGUCAUGACGCGCAUCGAGGACCUAGUCGUCCUCACCGCAACGGGCCACACCAUCGCCUCGCUGCAGGCGAUCCUCGAGACCCAGACAUACCGCGGCUUCCCCGUGGUGUCGGACCCGCGCGACGCCGUGCUGCUGGGCUACAUCUCGCGCGCCGAGCUGCAGUACAACCUGGUGGGCGCGUCGCGGCCGCCGCGCUCGCUGCCGCCCGAGACCGAGGCCUUCUUCAGCCACCAGCCGCUCGCGGACCCGCGCACGACGCUCGACCUCCGGCCCUGGGUCGACCAGACGCCCAUCACGCUGCCCUCGCGCGCCAGCCUCCACCUCGCCGUCAGCUACUUCCAGAAGAUCGGCCUGCGCUACGUGCUCUUCAGCGACAGGGGCGUGCUGCAGGGCCUGCUGACCAAGAAGGACGUCUGGCAGGUCCUCAACGGCGCCGAGGAGACGCGGCGCACCGGCGGCGCGGGCGGCGGCGGCGGCGGCAUGCUGUCGGGCAACGCCGCGGUCGAGACGGGCAUCACGCGCGAGGAGGGCGAGGGCGAGCAGAGGGGCCUCCUGGAGAGGAGUCAUCUCGUCGAGGAGGCCCAGAGCCCCGGGCUUGAGGUCGGCUCUAUAUUGUAG